AUGACGACCCCCGCCGUGACUCCAUCUGUACAAACUCCUCCUCUUCCCCAAGGCGCUGGAGGCGGCGCUGUGCCUUCAACCGCACCAGCGCGCUCAGGCCAGAGAGACGGAGGUGGUAGUCUAGGCACCUUUGGAGUCAAGUCUGGUUUGGCGCAAAUGCUCAAGGGCGGAGUCAUCAUGGAUGUCGUUAAUGCGGAACAGGCUCGGAUUGCGGAAGAGGCUGGCGCGUGCGCGGUCAUGGCUCUCGAAAGAGUACCUGCCGACAUCAGAGCGGAAGGUGGAGUUGCCCGAAUGAGCGACCCGCAAAUGAUCAAGGAAAUCGUGGAUGCCGUGACGAUCCCAGUCAUGGCUAAGGUCCGUAUAGGACAUUUCGUUGAAGCACAGAUCCUCCAAGUCAUCGGGGUGGACUACAUUGAUGAAUCGGAGGUUCUGACUCCCGCGGACGACGAACAUCAUAUCAAUAAGCAUGGGUUCAAGGUGCCAUUCGUAUGUGGUGCUCGCGAUCUCGGCGAAGCGCUUCGUCGAAUUUCCGAAGGUGCAGCGAUGAUUCGUACCAAGGGCGAAGCUGGUACCGGAAAUGUGGUCGAGGCAGUCCGUCACCAACGGGCGGUCAUGAGUCAAAUACGGCGCGCAAGUGUGAUGAAUGAGGAGGAGUUAUAUGUCUUUGCCAAAGAAAUCCAAGCCCCAUUCCAUCUUCUCAAAGAGACUGCAAGACUAAAAAGACUGCCCGUCGUUAACUUCGCCGCCGGAGGCCUCGCGACGCCCGCUGAUGCAGCCUUAAUGAUGCAAUUGGGAUGUGACGGAGUCUUCGUUGGUUCUGGCAUCUUCCAUUCCGGCGACCCUGCAAAGCGUGCACGCGCUAUCGUGCAAGCUGUGACGCACUAUAACAACCCCAAGAUUUUGGCCGAGGUGUCUGAAAACCUCGGAGCGGCGAUGGUGGGAUUAACGAUUGACGCUGAUCUUAAAGGCGGCCAUCUUGCAAAGCGCGGAUGGUAA